GUAUAAUUCAAAUUUAAUUAAAAAUUAAAAUUUGUGUUACUGUAAUCAUUACAAUGCCUUUAAAAUUAAUUAAUUCUAACAAAGGAAAUAUUGUUGGAGCUAUCCCUGCCCACGAACAUGCUGGUGAUGCUGUAAAAAUAAAAAUGGAUGUUGUUUCUGUAAGGAUAAUCAAACCCGCGAAAAAAUCAAGUGACAAACCCGUUAAAAUUAUUUCAAAUGAAUUAAAAAAAAUUAAUUCACCCAUCGCUGCACGUAUGCCAAAAGUUGACUCUAUUUCGCGUCGUGUCCAGCGUAAUCGACGUAAAUCUAGCCCUCAAAUUGCUAAUCCUUCAACACGCGGAGAAAUUAUACUGUUGAAUGAAUUGCGAAUGACUAGUAAUAAUGAAGAAUUUUUGCUGUAUGAUAGCAGUGGAUGUGAUUCAAGAUUUCUAAUGUUUGGUACAUCAAAAAAUUUUUAA